UCAAAGCGUCCGUUGCUCCGAUCUUCGUUACGUUCGUUUACUACGCUUAGUUUGCUUUUGCUUUUUGAGUGUGUAAGUUGGUUAUUGCCGUAAGCUGUGACAACUUAAAACUCGCGGAAUAACUUACUCGUCACUUGCGAUUGGAUGUAUAGUGAAAAUAUUAGUGUGGUGUGUUUUGUGUGUGUAUCUUUAAAUAAACUAACCCUUGUGUGGACUUAAUUUUUGAAAAUUUUAGUGAGCAGCAGACAGAAAAACUCGUCGUGUGAGUGACGCGUGUUGGAUCGAUCAGUCAACGUUCAAAGUACAACAUCAAUAUCAAAAUCAGUAGUUCAACCUACGUAGAUUUUGAUGGGGAAAGUUUGAACUAUUUAAAGAUGACCAUAAAUUAAAAAAGAAGAAGGAACCUUUUUAACAUUUUAAAAGAUGGGCAGCAGCAGUAGCUGGCGGGCUCGGUGGCGGUGUUGUAGAUGAACGGGCGCACCAUGUCUCGGAUGUGGGCGCAUGCGGUGAUCGCCGCGCUGGCCGUGGCGGUCGUGCGCGCCUACCUCGUCCUCGUCCCCGACACCGCCCGGCCUGGUCAUGUUGUCAUCGAUGCCGCUGUCUACAGACUCGGCUCGGAACGAACAUACUCAAUAGACGUUCACCGCACGGCCAACUUUGUUCAUCAUAUUCUCCGAGUCAACAGGACAACAGGCCUAGUUACCUUAAGGAAGAGGCUAAGAUGUGACGGUGUUAUGUACCCGAAUCUCUUCACGUUCUACGUAGACUCUACUUCGGAACGAAUCCGUGACAUUGAGUAUUACAGUCUACCUAUAAGAAUUCUGGUCACAGGCGAAGAUUGUUCACGACGACACGCAGAUCUGUACGAUAUAGAUUUCGAUAGAGUCUACGAUCAAAACGACGCGGCUCUGCAAUAUGAGGAUGAACCAGUUAGAGAGAAAAGAGAAGUAAUAUAUCCAGAGAGUAUAGACUGGAGGUUGUUAGAAGCUGAGGAAUUAGUCUCUAGUCAAUAUAGUGUUCUUUCCACUGCUUAUCCUUGGUCUAACGCCAUGUUUGAGGAUUUUGUAGCGAGGAAUAAAAGUAGAAGAAAACGAUCUCAUUCAUUAGUACCAUUUGAUAUGGCUGUAGAUGUGAAAAUAGCUGAAGCUAAGCAAUGGGUAACGGAGACGUAUGCAAGUUUUGCAAUACCAACCGCGGAUCGUUGGCAAGGAAUAUGCCUGAAGAGGUCUCAAUUUGUUAAUUCUUUAACGGCUUUCUUACCACGAACCGUUCAGAAAAUGUGUAAAGUACAAUUUUUGGAUGUCAGUGACCCAAGAUUUAUGAUUGAGAAUAGUCAGGGAGAUUUAGUAACAAGCAACGAUGUCUGUAUUCAGGAACCUAUGUGGAAAGUGUCUAUUCUGUUCACGUUCAAUUGUGAGAAAACGAAUAUUAUCGACUCCGACCAUAGAUUGAAAAUAGUAUAUCACCAUCAAGAAUUAAAUGAUACCGAUAUCGUUAAGAGAGUGAAAAGAGAAUUACGAAACCAAUCUCCCUACUUUGAACAAGCAUUAUACGUGGCUUCUGUUGCUGAAGAGCAACCUUCAGGAGUCGUUGUCACAUCUGUAAGAGCGCGUGACCCAGAAAACAGUCCAGUAACGUAUUCCAUGUCGAGCUUGCUGGAUUCCCGGUCUGCCGGCAUGUUCGCUGUAGACUCCAGAACGGGCGUGGUCACCACUCAGGCAAGACUCGACAGGGAGAGGCUGGACGUCCAUUACUUUAGGGUUGUCGCACAAGAUGACACAUUUCCUCCAAGAAGUGGAACUACCACUUUGCAAAUCAAUGUACUAGACUGCAAUGAUCACUCGCCGGUGUUCGAAAUGCAACAGUACGAGGCAUCGGUCCGAGAGGGCGCUAGCGCAGGCACCACGGUGCUCACACUUAAAGCAACCGAUCAAGACAUUGGCAAAAAUGCAGAGGUGGAAUACUCUAUCGAGUCAGUAUCAGCCGAAACCCUAAGCGCGGAAGAUACCAAUGAGUCUAUAGACACCAGUAACGAACAAACAGACACACAAGAUGUGUUUAGAGUAGACGGCAGGAGCGGAGCACUACUCACCAGGUCCACGUUGGACAGGGAGAAGGUCGCUAGAUAUACUGUGAUCGUAAAAGCGACUGAUCAAGCCAGCCCUAUCUCAGAUAGACUUUCCAGCACGGCUACAGUACAUGUUAACGUACUGGAUGACAACGACAACUACCCGCAAUUCAGCGAGAAAACGUACACGGUGACCAUUGAUGAAGACAUCAGUGUCGCGGACAACCCCGUAAUCGCAAGGAUCAAAGCAACGGACGCGGACGUAGGCGCGAACGCGGCGAUACGAUACGCCAUUAUCGGCGGCAACACACAAAUGCAAUUCUCCAUCGACAGCCUCAGUGGGGACGUGUCCUUAGUCAAACCCCUCGACUAUGAGCAAGUACGGAACUACAGGCUCGUUAUAAGAGCUCAAGACGGCGGCAGUCCAUCACGGUCGAACACCACCCAACUACUGGUGAACGUAAAGGACGUCAACGACAACUCUCCAAGGUUCUACACAUCGCUGUUCCAGGAGUCCGUUAGCGAGAACGUACCCGUCGGAUUUAGUAUCGUUAGAGUGCAAGCUUACGACGCAGAUGAGGGAGUAAACGCUGAGUUAACAUACACCUUGUCAGAUAAAGAGUAUGGGGGUAACAGCGAUAUGCCUAUCACGAUAGAUCCCAGGUCCGGCUGGGUGUACACAUCGGGACCGCUGGAUAGAGAAGUGCAAGCUAAAUAUCAACUUCAGGUAACAGCAACUGACGGUGGUACACCGCCACGCAGCGCCACAGCGGCAGUGUCGGUGGUGGUGCAGGACGUGAACGACAACGACCCGGUGUUCGCGCCCGCCCAGUACGAUGUCGAGAUCGCCGAGGACGAGCCGCCGGGCACUCCGCUCGUCACCGUCACCGCCACCGACGCUGACGAGGAUAACAGACUCCACUACGAGAUAACUGGCGGCAACACGCGCGGACGGUUCUCGAUCACGUCGCAGAACGGGCGCGGGCUGGUGACGGUGGCGCAGCCGCUCGACUACAAGCAGGAGCGGCGCUACGUGCUCACCGUGACGGCCACCGACAGCGGCGGCCGCGCCGACACCGCGCUCGUGCACGUCAACGUCACCGACGCCAACAACUAUGCGCCCGUCUUCGAAAACGCGCCCUACACCGCUGCUGUAUUCGAAGAUGCCCCAAUCGGCACUACCGUGCUGGUGGUGUCGGCGACGGACAGCGACGUGGGCAUCAACGCUCAGAUCACUUACAGCCUCAGCUCGGAGAUCUCCAACGAGGCGGUCGCACAUCACGACCAGGAGUUCGUCAUCAACCCACAGACUGGCGCCAUCACCACCAACAAGCUGCUUGAUAGGGAGACUAUGAGCGGUUACUUGCUAACGGUGACUGCGCGAGACGGCGGCAUGCCCGCUCUGUCUGAUACUACCGAUGUCGAGAUAUCCGUCGUGGACGUCAACGACAAUGCGCCAGUUUUCAAGCAACAAUUGUAUACCGCCAGCAUUAUGGAGGACGCGUUAGUAGGUACAUCGGUAAUACAGGUGAGCGCGACGGACGCGGACGUGGGCUUGAACGGGCGCGUGCACUACGCACUAGGAGCACGCGAGCGCGAAGAUGCAACGUUCGCACUCGACCCGGCGUCAGGCGUGCUGCGCACCAACAAGCCGCUGGACCGCGAGUCGCUCGCCACCUACGACUUGCGCGCGCUCGCGCUCGACGCCGGCACGCCGCCGCAGAGCUCCACGGUAAUCAUACAUAUAAAAGUGGAGGACAUAAACGACUCGCCCCCCGUUUUCGAGAGCGAUUGUCUCACGUUCUACGUGCCAGAGAACAGUCCCAUCGGCACCACCGUCGGCGAGAUAUACGCGCGGGACCCCGACGAGGGACCCAACGCUGUUGUACAUUAUUCUAUCAAAGGUGGUGACGACUCCAACAGUUUCUCGCUGGAAACUCGCCAAGGUUCAGAUAAAGCUGAAUUGGUAACAAUGGUCGACUUGGACUACGAAAGUCCGCGCAAGAAAUACGAGCUAGUUAUCCGAGCAGCCAGCCCGCCAUUAUGGAAUGACGUCAGAGUUGAGAUCUUGGUGACUGAUGUGAAUGAUAACGCACCGAUGAUGAAGGACUUUCAAAUCAUCUUCAAUAAUUAUAAGGAUUGUUUUCCUGUGGGCCCGUUUGGCAGGGUACCGGCGUUUGAUGCUGACGUUACAGAUAAGCUGCAAUAUCGGAUACUGUCGGGAAACAAUGCAAAUCUGGUACUAUUGAAUGAAACGACCGGCGCCAUGACGCUGUCUCCACAACUGAACACCAACGUACCCAAAUUGGCCAUUAUGGAAUUAUCUGUCACUGACGGAGUAAACGAAGUUAAAGCGAUGAUGCAACUAACCGUUCGUCUGAUAACCAAAGAGAUGCUUUUCAAUUCGAUCACCGUGAGAUUGAACGAUAUGACGGCUGAGCAGUUUCUAUCACCGCUAUUGGGCUUCUUUAUCGACGGUCUGGCCGCUAUCAUACCCUGCCCGAAGGAGAAUAUCUACGUGUUCAGUAUACAGGAUGACACGGAUGUGACUGGCAAUAUCUUGAAUGUGUCAUUCUCGGCGAAACGGCCCGACGCAGAAGUCGGUGUCGCAGGUGACUCGUCGCAAUACUACUCGCCGACACACUUGCGAGAGCGUGUGUAUCUGCAUCGUGCUACGCUCGCCAGACUUGCUACGGUACAGGUGCUGCCAUUCGACGACAACGUGUGUGUCCACGAGCCGUGCCUCAACUACGAGGAGUGCCUCACCGUGCUGCAGUUUGGAAACGCCUCCGGCUUCAUAUCCAGCGACUCUGUGCUCUUUCGCCCCAUAUAUCCCGUCACUACUUUCACGUGCCAGUGUCCUAAGGGAUUCACAGGAUCGCACGAGCACUACAUGUGCGACACGGAGGUGGACCUGUGCUACUCAUCACCGUGCCAGCACCGCGGCACCUGCAUCCGCCGCGAGGGCGGCUACACCUGCGUCUGCGCACCCGGCUAUACAGGCGUGAACUGCGAGACGGUGGUGCGCAAGGCGACGUGCGAGCCGUCGGGCGCGGGCUCGGUGUGCCGCGGCGGCGCCGUGUGCGUGGCGCGGCGCGAGGGCGGCGUGCUGUGCCGCGGCUGCGCCAUCGACGCCGCCUACACCACCGACCUCUGCGAGCUGCGCGCGCGCAGCUUCCCCGUCUCCUCCUUCCUCACCUUCCCCGGCCUCAGGAGGCGCCACAGGGUGCACCUCAAGCUCAAGUUCGCGACUCAAUCGUCGUCUGGGCUGCUGCUAUACAACGGGCGGUACAACGAGCGGCACGACUUCGUGGCGCUAGAGCUGGUGAGCAGCGGCGCGGGCGCGGCGGGCGGCGCGGGGCUGCGCUUCUCGUUCUCGCUGGGCGGCGCGCGCGCCGACGUGUCCGUCGCCGCCGACCUCGCUGACGGCGCCUGGCAUACUGUGCAAGUCGAUUACUACAAUAGGACUGCGACAAUCAUUUUGGAUGAUUGCGACAAAGCGUUAGCAUUGGCCGGCGCCGCUGAGUUUGGACCCAAGUACGCGUGUGCCAACUUCACCAGAAAAGUUCUGCCCCCUCGGUGCGAUAUUCCCACUGAAACAUGUCACAGGUUUUUAGACUUGACGGGCCCAUUGCAACUUGGUGGUCUACCGAAUAUACCAAGCAGUUUUCAAGUGAAGAACAAGGACUUUAUUGGCUGUAUAUCGGAUUUUUAUAUUGAUCAUAAAUUCGUGGAUUUAAAUAGCUUCGUAUCCGACAACGGCACUGUGGCCGGAUGUCCGCCGCGGACGGCCCGCUGCAGCUCAGCGCCGUGCCACCACGCGGCCGCCUGUACCGACCUCUGGGGCACCUACCGCUGCCACUGUCCCGACGGACACACUGGCAAAGACUGCGCUGAAACGACAUCACCGCCGUGGCGGUUCAAUGGUGAUGGGUGGUUAUCGUUCAAUCCACUGCUACGUCCGAUCCAGCUGCCGUGGCUUAACGCACUGUCUGUGCGUACGUGGCAACGGGACGCCUUUCUCAUGUCCGUGCAAGUCGGACAAAACAGCACCAUACUCAUCACAUUAAAAUCCGGUCUGCUCCACUACUCAUACAAUGGCGAGUCAAUGUUCUUGCCAUCGACAGACCUAGCCGAUGGCGAGUGGCACCGAAUAGAGAUCACAUGGCUCGGUACAGAUAUCUCAGUAAGCAUAGACUAUGGUUUAAGAACUGUCCUGUUACCGAUGUUGGCCAAUAAAGUGCAAGGACAGUAUGUUGGCAAGAUAUUGAUUGGUGCACCUGACACUACUGCGGGCUUGCUGGCUUCUGAUUUCGGAUACUUUGAAGGAUGCAUACAGGAUGUGCGUGUUGGAACAUCGCAGUCGUUACUUAAUCGACCCACUGUGAGAGAAAAUGUAAGAGAUGGCUGUCAAUCGCGAGCAGACUGCAUGCUGUCCAUAUGUCCACCCUACAGCACGUGCGUGACGUGGUGGGACCGCACGGGCUGCGAGUGCGAGGCGGGCCGCGUGGGCCCCGCGUGCGUGCACGCGUGCGAGCUGCCCGUGUGCGGCGCGCACGCCGUCUGCAAGCCCGACGCCUCGCCCAGGGGAUACACCUGCGUGUGCGACGAUGGAUACCUGCUCACUGAGUCUGGAUGCGUGUCGGCCUCAUCUGACGAAUGUCCGGGCGGGUGGUGGGGAGCGGGUAGUACAAACGUAACUGUGGAAACGAGCACUGAAGCGGAAACGGUAGCAGAUACUAGUACAACAGCGGGCGCGGUAGCGGUAGCGAGCGCUUGCGGUCCGUGCGAUUGUGAUCCGGCGCUCGGGUACCACCCACACUGUCAUCGCCGCACUGGUGCCUGCCACUGCAAGGAGAACCACUACCGGCCGGCGGGGUCGGCGGCGUGCGUGGCGUGCGCGUGCUACGCGGCGGGCGCGCGCGGCGGCGCGUGCGACGCGCGCAGCGGGCAGUGCGCGUGCCGCGCCGGGGUCAUCGGCCGCGCCUGCGACGCCUGCGCCAACCAGUACGCCGAGGUCGCCGCCGCCGGCUGCCAGGUUGUAUACGAUGGGUGUCCGCGCUCAUUUUCGCAUGGUGUAUGGUGGCCAAGAACCAAAUUUGGGAUUGAAGCUGUUACUGAUUGUCCUGCAGGUACAAGUGGUAAAGCGACUCGUAUGUGCGACGAAACACAAGUGGUCCCGUGGCAAGAGCCCGAUAUGUUUAACUGUACUACAUCUACCUUCUAUCAGUUGAGGCAACAGUUGCACAAGAUUGAAACUGGCGAGUUAACAAUGAACACAUUCGUCGGGGUUCGACUCGCCGAAGACCUGAAAUCCGCUUGUCUGAACACUCCACAUCUUUACGGAGCUGAUAUCCUAGUAGCAGAAGGGAUAUUGCUAGAAUUGUUGCAAUACGAAUUGAAACAAGCCGGAUUGAACCUCACGCAUAGUCAAGACAAGGAUUAUGUUAGAAAUAUAAUCCAGUCAGCGAACACGAUCCUGAACUGGCAAUACGAGGCGGAGUGGGCUCGCAUACGUCGUAUAUUAGGCCGCGGCGCGGAGGAGCUGAUGCAGCGCUGCGACCGCUACAUCGCAGCGCUCGCGCACACACAACACGACACCUAUACUAGCCCUUUCGAGAUAGUCACCAGCGAUAUAGUUAUCGGUGUGGACAUAGUAACAGCGGAAUCGAUCUACGGCUUCGAGCCCACCCAACUAAAUCGUUACAACAUCGACACAUACACGACAGAGCGUGUCAUACUCCCCGAUACGUCUGCCUUCAUACACUCUCCCAUACAAGCUUCGUACGGCGGCAGCAAAAUGAAGAAGAAGCCCUCCAGCCCCACGGUCUCCUUCCCGAAGUACAACAAUUACGUGAAAAAUAAGAAUAAAUUUGAUAAAUACUCGAGGAUUUUGCUCCCUUUGGAUUUGCUCGGAAUAACGAAUUAUCAAGAAAAUACUGACACAAACUACGAAUCUCGCGCGGUAUUCGCGUACAUCCAAUACUCCAGAAACACCUCGGAACUGAUGCCAAUGCGUAUGGACGAGUCGGUCAGCCAGCGGUGGGGGGUGAACAUCACAAUAGGCUCUCCAAUACUACAAGUAGCUCUAUAUGUGCCUGAAUAUGUAUGGAUACGGGAGUCACAUGAAAGCAAUGAUGACAACUCUAUUGAGAACAACAUGGACGAUGUAGAAGGAAUAACAUACGCUAACAAAGGGCAUCAGUCCCAUACCAACAACCACAUUAGCCCAAACCCAUCAUCUAAAAACUCUUAUCCGCACGACGAUGAGACGUCGAACCACGAGAACCACGGACCGAUACUCAUACAGCCGGCAUUUAAAAAACAAGACAAAAUACCUUACACCGAGAAUAACCUUCAAGAGAAUGAAUCUAGCUAUGUCGCUGAGAAAAAUGACGUCGAAGGUCCUAAAGUUAUGGCCUUGUCUAUGGAUGCUGAGGAUAAAAACAAAGAUGGUACCAACUCGACCAGAGAGCUUGGAAAGAAAAAGUUGAUAUACAAAAGUAUGGGCGGUAUAAGGUUGAAGAAGCCGAUAAGAUUGCAGAUGUGGCUGGAUAUAGACAAAGAGACGUUCGGAUCUAGAACUAACCCACAAUGUGUUCAUUGGUCAACAUUAAGGGGUGCCGGCGAAUGGUCCCGCGUGGGUUGCCACACCGAGAUCGACUACGACUGGUCGCCGUACUCCAAUGAGCCACUCCUCAUCAAUUGCACCUGCAACCAUCUGUCCACCUUCGCUGUACUGGUUGACGAAGUUGAUAUAGAGUUCAUCCCAGAGCCAUCUCUACUGGAAUCAGUAACAUCCUACACGGCGUUCAGCUUAUCGCUGCCGCUACUGUUCGUGACUUGGGCAGCUCUGUGCCUAGUACGAGGCGGCGCAGCCACCGUCUCCAACUCCAUACACAAACACCUCAUCUUCUGCGUGUUCAUGGCAGAGCUGUUAUAUCUGAUUGCUUUGAAAGCGAGAAAUACAUUAGUGCAGAGUGAGUUCCCGUGCAAGCUGGUGGCGAUGGGGCUGCACUACUGGUGGGUGUGCGCGCUGGCGUGGGCGGCGUGCGACGCGUGGCAGGUGCGGCGGCUGGUGCGCGAGCUGCGCGACGUCAACCACGGCGGGCUGGCCGCGCCGCUCGCCGCCGCCUACGCCGCGCCCGCCGUGCUGCUCGCGCUCGCCGCCGGACACCACCAGCACCAGUACGGCAACGCGCUCUUCUGCUGGGUGAGCUGCCACGAGCCGGUGGUGUGGUGGGUGGUGGUGCCGGCGGCGGUGUACGCGGGCGCGGCGCUGGUGUUCCUGGUGGGCGCCACGCGCGCCGCCUUCACCGUGCGCGACCACGUCGUCGGCUUCGGCAACCUCAGGAUGCUGCUGGGCGUGAGUAUCACGUGCCUGCCGCUGGUGACGACGGCGUGGGCGAGCGCGCUGGUGCUGGCCAGUGAGACGGGCCCGCGCCGCGCCGCGCUGUCGUCGCUGCUGGCAGCGGCUGUAGCGCUGCACGCCGCCGCUGCAGCGCUCGGAUACGUCGUCGCCAACGUGCGAGUGCGAGACAACCUGCGCAGAACCAUUCUCAGAUGUAUGGGCAAGAAGGUGCCAUUGGCCGACACAUCUAUCAUUGUGAGCAGUAGUGCUCAGAAUUUGUCUCAAAUAAAUAGGUCGGCACUGGCGUACCACAGCAGUACAGAGCCUGGUCGGCAGAUGCGAAAUAUUGGUAUAUCAGCAUCGUCCACUACAUCCAGGUCCACAACGAAGACAAGUUCUAGUCCUUACAGCCGCAGUGAUGGACAGUUACGUCACACGAGCACUUCGACUUCUAACUACAACACGAGCGCGAGCGACAUGCCCGCCUACCUUAGAGGGUUCGACUCCUCAUUGCACAGUAGGAAAGAUGACGAAGGCCGCCGCCGCCGCAGAGCAGCCGCCGAAGGGGAAGCUGGGGAGACUGGCGAGACCGGGGAGGAAGCGACCGAAGCUACCGAUAGCGACAGUGAAAGUGCACGCAGUCUGGAGCUAGCCUCCAGCCACUCCUCCGACGACGACGAGACCAGCACACGCCGCUCCAGCCACCCGCCCUCUGCCAACAGGGAACGCGGUACUAGUAGUGCAGGCGGUAGCUACCUGCCAAACAUCGCUGAAGGUGCACCCUUAGCCAUAGCUCCAAGGUGGCCAUCGCACAUAAGAGAAGAACCAGGACGCCCAGAUAUGGGCCGGUGGUCCCAAGAGACGGGUUCAGACAACGAGGGCUUGAACCCCGGUCUAGCUUCGCCAUCUCCCAAUCCGCUGCCGAAUCCUGAUCUCACAUCGGACGUAUACCAACUAAGCCGGCACCGUCUGAAGCCGUCCAUAUUGGAGAACGUACAUGACACUUACGUGGCUAGUGUUGACGCGUCCAGGCUACCUUUAGAUAACAGGUAUGGCGUUAUGGACGAGGAGCUGAUGUAUGGUGUAUUACCAACGGAAACUGAGAAACAAAUCCCGUACGAUCCCAACUACCCACUCUCACCCACCAUGUACAGAUUACCCGGUAACCCUUAUGGUUCCAAAACGUAUCUGUCAUCUAGAACAUCUGACUACGGAUAUAGCCCAACGAAGUAUCUGAACCCCGACACAAAUGUAUACGGCUCCCGGGAUUUCCGGGAUUCAGGGGUUACGACGAGAGAGCACGACAACUAUACCCCUCGAGAUUUCCGGGAUUCCGGCAUCGCUACCAUGUUGAAAAAUGACUAUCAGAGGAAAAUGGAGAGUCACUACGGAGCUGAAUACAGUGAGAGGAUGUCCGAGGGCUCAGAUAAACAUCUCCCACACGAUAAAUACCUGUUUCCCUAUACCGCGGAGGAAGACCACGCGAGCUCGCGCGGGGCUGCGUCCGCUCCUCACCGCCCACAUUCAGGUGAUCCACCGCAACAAAUGGGGGCGCCACUAGCAAGUAUGGGAGAAACCAGCGAGAAAUCUACUACUGAAGAUGACGCCGAGACAAGAGUGUAAUACUCCAAUAUAGUACAAGAUUUCCAAUGAUUCUCAAUUAGUAUAUUAAUUCAUUAUAAUUAUAUUUAAUCUAUGUAAUUAGCAUUAAUUUUCUGCAAAGACUGUUAACAAUCAGUACCCACUGCCAUAGAGUAGAAAAUACGUAACAGCUAUUUAUUUUUUGUCUAUGCUUUAAGUAGAUAUUUCAAUAGUGGAGAUUACUGAUGUUUACCCUCUUAUUCAUAAAAACAUCAAACCUUUAAUAAACCUAUCGAACUGUUUUUUUUUUCUUCUCUUUCUAUUAGGCUAAAUUCCCAAUUUGACAGAAAGUGACAAAACACAGUAAUAGUUAAAAUAAGUUUGUAGAAGGUUUUAGUUUUUAUGAAUGAGGUUAUAAAUGUAUAGUAUCUAAAUUGUUUGACCCAAUAAGUGUACUGUUAGAGAAAAGUAAGAUUGAGAUUUCACAAUAGCUUUAUGCUUUAAAAGUUAUUUCACAACAUAGUACCUAGCUAAAUACUUUUUGAAAGGAAACAUUUUAUGUGAAAUAAGAAGUUAAAGAAAGACAAUGUGUAAAGCAAAAGUUUAAAAAGACUUUAUCAUGCAAUGAUUAUCAUUUGAUAUAUCUAGUAAAUCUUGUGAACUAGCUAUGAAUAUUUUUUAUUCGUAAAUAAAAACUGCAACAUUGUUGACCGUUUGAAAGUGUAGUUAAAAUAUUGCUCUAGGCUAUCUUAACUUCAUGGGCAGCUCUAGUACAAGGCAAAGGAAUCUGACCUGACAUCAUGUCAUCGCUACGUCAUGUAUGAGAUAGAACGAGACAGCAACGUUCGGCGUCCUGUUCUUUUUCAUGCAUGCGCUAAGGAAAAGAUAUCUAUCGAUAGAUUCGAUUGCCACGUAUAUAACGAUUGGUGUAUUAAGGAGAAGUCUGGCUACUUAAAAAAGGCACAUAAGCACCUUAGACAUGUCUUUGCUCAUAUUUGAAAGCUCCUCUUUUGAUCCUGAUAUGGGCGCCAGAUAAUUCAUGUGUGGGCAUGGUCCAUCCGGUCUCUCCUUUAAUUACGCCUUUAUUUCUAGCGAGCAAUAUUAACAUAAACGUUCUGAAGUAUUAAAAUAAAUAAAUACAAGUCGGUAAUAAUUGAUUUAUCAAUGAUAACUCAUUACCGGGACUAGUGCAAAUAUUUGUUUGUGUGUGGACAUUAUUAUUAAUUAUAAGGUUAAAAGCAAAGCAACGACGCCCAAAGUCAGUCGUGUAAAUAGUCAAGUAGUAAAUAGAGUUCAUUUAGAUAAUUUCAUAGUAACUCGUAUUGUAUUGUAGGUUGGUAUGGUUCGCGUAGGACGCGGCAUGUGUAAUGUUUCACGUUUGCCCGAUGGAACUUUAUCUACUGUUUUAAUGUAGGUGUUUGAGCGCGCCAUUUAACUAAAAAUGUUACAAGCAAUGUAUCCUCUUAUAAAUAAUUGGUAUCGUAUAUUCAACCGCCUUUAAAAAAGGAGGUUUUCAAUUCAGUUGUAUGUUUUUUUAUUAAUGUAUGUUCAUCAUUCAUCAGUCAUCUGUCAGUUGUAAACCAAAUUGGAAAAUUCUUUUUUUUAUCUAAAAUGAUAUGCUUACGGAUUAUAACAUUUCUAUGGGACCCCAUAAAAAUAUUAUUACAAUCGGUUCAGUACUUUAGUUUUACAGUUUUGUAGUUCAAAAUAACUAGUUAUGCCACAAUUAAAGUCGAUUUUUUUUUUUGUGGAAUAGAUUAUUUUGUAAUAAACUCACGAACUUGAAAAUUACUUAUUAUGCGACACAUGUUCAAUUGAUGACAAAUAGACAAGGAAAUAAAAUUAUUUUUGUUAUUACAAUUUUCAUGCUUGAAAAAUCAUUAUAGAUAUAUCUUCAUAGAUGACAACGACGAAGGUGUUACAGUAUUUUCUGUGAUGUUCAUAAUAUUGUACAUAUCUAUAGGUAACGGUUACCAAUUUCAAUCAAGUAGCCAUUAGUUUAUUUGUUAUAUUACAUAAAAAGUAUACUUCAAAAAAAUAUACUUAUUUCAAAAAUAAUACCUACCCGUAUAUCUCAUUUCGAUUUCUGAUUGGCCUGCGUGUUCUUUAUAAAGUAUUUAGUUAAAUGGUGCUUCACAAUACCUACUGUUACGAUACAAAUUAUUUUUAUAGAAAAACCAAAAGCUAUUGUCUGUAAUCGAUGUAACUAGAUAUAUUUAAGCGACAUUUAUAUUUUAUAUUCGAAUCGAAAUAAAGCGUUACUCUCAGUGGUAGGUGUAUAGCUGUGCAAGAUAAAUACGCUACGUUAAUCUUUCUAAUAUGCUAAUUUCUAAUUCUAUUUUUAAACCACAUUAAAUAUGAGGUGAUCCUUGAUUCACUUAUCAUAUACGUGCCGUCAUUCUUCAUCAAUUCUGAGUUGGUUAUAAUUUAUUUUGCAAACAAUUGAAUUUAUGUGGCAUAACUUUGACAGAUUAAAACAAAAUCUUAUAACGAAUCAACUUUUUUUUUUUUAUUAUAGGGAAUACUAUCCACUGCGAAUGACGCUUAAAUAGAUUCACUACUUGAAUAGUCAACACCUUAUGGGAUUGAUAUUAUGUACUGACAAAAUAUUUGCAUUUUUAUGUACAUACUGAGAGAGUGUUGUGUGUGUUUUGAGCAUUUUAACGAAGAGUCCACCUAUUUUGUAAAUAAAUAGAUUUUUACACUUUGUAGCGUCUAAAUAAGUAGACAAUGGAUGUAAGGAAAAGCUUUAUUUAAUUAGGUAUAUAGGAUCUGAUUGCCAUAAUUAUUAUUUAACGUGUUAUCUAAGUGUGCAUAAGAUUUGUAUACAGUGUGGUUUCUCAUAUCUAAAUAUAUAACCAACUGGACACUUGUGAGCUGAAUUCAAAUAUACAUAUCUAGAUAUAGGUACAUACUCUUGCUACCAUUUUGCUUCGAUAAACAUUGAAACUAAUCUAAAGAGCUACGUAGCUGUUAUCUGCUACUUCGCCCGCAAUUGGAUUUCUUAAAUCGAUUCUGUUGUUUUUUAUAGUACCUACUUAUAUUUUAAAUACAUCGAAUGUAUUAGUUUUUAUUCUAAAUUAUUAAUGCACUUAUUCAGUGUAACAAAUCAGGUUAUAAUACCUUUUGAUACCUAUUUGGUAUUUUUAAUUUCUAAACCCAGUUACAUAUAAAAUAUUGAGGGAAUUUUACUUUCUAAUAAAUAACUAAAAUACCCUGCACAUUUUCUCUCUUCACUAAUUAAUUUAAAAAUUGGUAUAAUGAAUUUGUACCAAAGGUAAUUUUGCUUAGAACUAUAUCCAAAUUUUGUUUUAUAUCUAAUAUUGAUCUGUGAGGAUUCUAUCGUUAUAUUUAACUACACAACCAAAUAUUUACAUCUACGAAGAAAACCCUAUAACAAUAAUUAUUAUUCUGAAGCCCCUAUGAGUAAACUUUAAACUUAAAUAAAUCUAAUGACUCAGCUCACAAGUAACUACCGUCAUAGAACCAUCACAUUCCAUUUUAAUAUCCUCUAAUUUAUGCUUUACAUGUUAGAAAUUAAGUUUGAAAUUGCUGUGAUUGUUAUGAAACUGCAAUUCAUAAAUAUUUUGUUUACAUUCCAUGCUUGUGAUACUCAGUCUUUUGAGUAGUACCAAUAUUUGAAACAUAGAUGUAUGUACAAACAUAAACAUCUGAACUGUUUUAUAUUGAAAUAAAAUAUUUUA